AUGACCCACCCCGCUCGCGCCCCCUCCCUCGCCGGCGCAGUCCUCUACCUCACCGUCCUAAGCUUUUCCGGCCAGAUGAUCACCUACCUGCUCUCCAGCGGCUUUACCUCAUCCCAAGUCGGCGCCGUGAGAACCCUCAGCGUCGCUUUCGAGGUUGGGGCAACGUUUGUGGCGCCUUGCCUUAUAUCGAUGAUAGGUCCUGUUAGGGCGGCGUUGUGGUCUGGGAAUUGGCAGCUGUUUUCACUGUUAGCGGGGUCUUUCGUCUUUGCCAGUUACUCGGAACAGCCCUUUGUUGCUGCUAGCGGCUUGGUCGUCGGGACUAUCCUCAGCCGCCUGGGUCUUAGGACGUUUGACCUCUGUACCCAAAUCAUCGUACAAGAAGAAGUCGAGCCCGAAGUCAGAGGCAUCUUCUCCUCCAUCGAAUCCGCCUGGCAAAACGCAUUCGAACUACUCUCCUACACCUCCACCAUCAUCUUCUUCCGCCCCGACCAGUUCCAUUAUCCCGUUUGGCUCUCGGUCGGGGCGGUGGCGACUGCUGUUCUGCUGUUUAGCAAUUUUGUGUGGCAUCGCCGGGGACAUCUGUUGCAUCCAGAGAAGAUGGCGGGGAUUUGUGGGUGUCAUGAGAGAUGGGGGAAUGUGGGGUGA